GAAUAGCCACACCGCUUCUCCGCAUCAAACCGCGCCAUAACAGAAUCCCCGCGCCGUACCAUGCUCUCGCUGUCCUCUCCGCCCCUCCUCCGCCCCACCGCCGUCGCGGCCCCGGCGCGCGCCGCCGCCGCCCUCAGCCCGCGAGCCUCCUCCGCCGCCGCCGCCUUCGCGCCCUCCGACGCCAGCCCCCGCGCCUGCACGCCGCCGCCGUCCCCGCCGUCCCCGCACCGCGUCCUCCGCCGCCACGGGAUGCCGCCGGCGUGCUCGUCGCUCUACGAGGUCCUCGGCAUCCCCGUGGGCGCCACGUGCCAGGAGAUCAAGGUGGCGUACCGGCGACUGGCCCGGUCGUGCCACCCCGACGCCGCCGCCGCGGCGGCGGUCGACCGGAAGGGCGCGUCGGCCGACGAGUUCAUGAGGAUCCACGCUGCCUACUGCACGCUGUCGGACCCCGAGAAGCGGGCCGUCUACGACAGCAGCCUGUUCAGGCGGAGGAGCAGGCCGUUGACCGUCGUCACGUCGGGGGGCGGGGGAUACAGGGGGAGGAACUGGGAGACGGAUCAGUGCUGGUAGGGCCCCCGAGCUGACUCACUGAUUCGCGAUUUACUCCGAGUUCGGGACUGAUUUUUAGGGAUUUAGCUGUACAUAUACAUACAUACAUAUAUAAUAUAUUGAGUGCAGCUUUUCGUUGCAUAGUAUAAAUACGAAGAAGAGUGGUUAUGAAGUGGAAAGUAUAUGGAGGUGCUUGAUUUUGGGAAGCACCAUCUGAUAUGAUUCUGGGUAUUUGUGACCAAUUUGAGAUUGAAGAUCGAAUUUUUGCUGGGAUUUUGAAAGGAAUAGAAGGAGAAGCUCUUGAUUAACUUAUCACUGCUCUCUUUCGUCAUCAUGGUCGUCGUGUUCUCCUCUUUCCUGAUUUUCUUCUUCUUCCUUUACUGUCAAAGAAAGUUCUUCCUGAAAUGAAUUGCCACGAUCAUGGUUGUGUUGCAUAUUUAUGAGAUGGGUCGAUGAAGUUAAUGAAAUUUCCCGGGUGUUGUAGCU